AUGAAUGGGCACCAAUCAAAGCAGAAUACUCCCGAAACAAAAACAAUUCCUACAGCACAUCAAUUAGCAUCAUCAACAGUUAUGCGACACAUACAACGCAUGGCGAAAAAUAACUGGAUCAUUUGGAUCGAUGACAACUUCGACCCAGAAAAUGAAGAUCAUAAAAAUAUGCUCACACAGCUUCAAAUCAUAACCAAUGACCUUCAUACCUUCACACAAUGUGAUGAAUGUAUCGAUUUCCUUACGGACGUCCAAGACCGAAAAGUAUGUCUCAUUGUAUCGAAUAUUAUGGGUCAAAGAAUAGUACCUCUCAUCCACGAUACUCCUAAACUGCAUAGUAUAUACAUUUAUGGCAACUGCAAACUUUCACACGAAAGCUGGAACAACAAUUGGAACAAAAUUAAAGGCGUAUAUGAGGAAACCACGCCCAUCUGGAACGCAUUGAAAACAGCCAAUAAGCAGUACAAUCAAGAUGAUAUCUCUCUCAGUUUCGUCAAUGUGGAUCAAGCUGGUUCCAUUCAAAAUCUGGAUCAAUUGGAACCUUCUUUUAUGUACACUCAAUUGUUCAAGGAAAUUCUCCUUUCUAUGCAGCAUGGUCAACAAGCCAAGGAUGAUUUUAUUCAAUUCUGGUAUAAAAAUUAUAUCGGAAAUCCUACUAAAUUGAAAGAUAUUGCUGAGUUCGGACGUGAUUACUCUCCAGAAAAAUCGAUUUGGUGGUACAGUCGUGACUAUUUUCUCUAUCGAACGCUUAACUGGUCUCUUCGUAUACUGGAAGCUGGAGCAAUUAUGAAAAUGGUUUUUUUCAUUUGUGAUCUACAUCGUACAAUUGAGAGUCUAUAUAAGCAACAGGGCAAUCUUUAUAAUAGAGCAAAUUUUCAAGUUUUUCGGGGACAAGGACUAUCUGAAGCUGAUUUUGAUAAACUCAAGAAAAACAAAGGAGGACUUAUAUCCUUCAAUAAUUUUCUUUCCACCAGUAAAGAUCGGGAUGUCUCCCUAGUUUUUGCCGAAGGUGCCAUUGAAAACUGUGGUAUGGUGGGUAUUCUGUUUCAAAUGUCUAUAGAUCCCAUCAUUUCAUCCACUCCAUUCGCUUUUAUUCAAGAACAUAGUUAUUUGAGGGAUGAAGAAGAAAUUCUCUUCUCUAUGCAUACAGUUUUCCGUAUUGAGGAUAUUCAAAAACUUGACAGCAAAAAUCCAAUUUAUCAAGUCGACCUUAAGCUGACAUCAGAUGACGACGAACAACUCCAUGAACUCACAGAAUUUAUUCAAGGAGAUGAUGCUGAUAAGAUAGGUUGGUCACGGCUGGGUAAUCUACUACUCAAAAUAGGUCAAUUCAACAAGGCAGCAUAA